CUUCAGGGUCAGCAUCCAGUCUCUGGAGUGUUGUUCCUCUGGGAUGCUUUGCUUGAUCCUUAAAUUCCACUUCAUUAACAUUCAUGGUGCAUCUGUAGCUUUGCUCUUUGUUCUUUAUCAUUUGUUUCUCAUGAAUCUGUCUCCCUCAGCCUGCCCCAUCACUGCCUCUGUCUCUGAGUUCCUGGUAUAGUGAGCUCAGCGUGUCUUUGUCGGUACUGCGCAAAGUGGCCAACAAUCCAGCAGCAGCGACCGAUUGGCUGUUGGCGGUCAGCUCCGCCCUGUCGUCCAGCCAGCGCCUGUCCUCCUCUCUUGUCCUGAUUGUGACUUAUCUCAUCAUCACGGGUCAGGAAAACAUCUGCCAGCUGGCUUUGAAAGCAAGCCAGGCUGUCGCCGCUGCCGACCCCUGCCAGGUCCCGCCCCUCCUGCUGCUUCUUUUGUUCAAACUGACCAAAGAAAAGAAUCCCGUCCUGGCUCACGCUGUUCUCACAAGCCUGCCAAACCUCGGCACUCAUAAGCUUUGCUUCCCGAUCGUGCUGCACAGUCUGCACAUGCUGGCCGGCUCCCCAAGCGGAGAGCAGUGGGACUGCGCCUCAUGACUGCUCUGUGGAAAAAACAGGUUUGCAAUAAUAACGCAUUACUAUAAAUGUCAUAUUCAUGUGUUCAAAGCUUCUGUUUGUCUGUGAUUGUGUGCUGCUUUGGUCACGUCUGUAAGGACCGGGUCUACCCAGAGCUGCAGCGUCUAAUGAGCCAGCAGGACAGCAGGACGGUGCUGGGGAGGGACGCCCAGUGGGAGCAGAUCCUGGCCAGGGCCGCCUGUGUCAGGGACAUCUGCAGAGAGAGGCCUUACCAGCAUGCAGGGGACAUGGUGGCUGCCAUUUCACUCACUUUAAAACAGUGCAACAGACCAGACCUGGCAACCCCGGCUGCUCUCGUCCUGCAGGGACUACAGGAGCUGUGUCGAGCAGAGGUGGUGGAUAUUAUCUCAGCAUGGAGAACUGUUUGGCCUGAGCUCAGCUGUCACUCACAGCCAGGAGUGGUUCAAGCCAUCGCUGAGCUUUUGGCUCUGGUGCCUCAGCUCACAGUUAAAUCAGAGCAGUACGAGGUGCGUCGUAACGUCCAUGUUCCUCUGUGUUGAGGAGCUAACAGAGUGACACAGGAACUCCACCAGGUUAUGUUUUUCUCUGUGGUUCUGUCUGUAAACAGGACUCUCAGCAGCUGUUUGUAUAUUCUAACCUCACUGUAGACUCA